AUGCAGCAGCCCAGUAUACAGCAAGACGAAUUUUCCAAGGCUAUGCGCCCUUGGUUUCACUUUUCAGCACCUCACGGCUGGAUGAAUGAUCCAUGUGGCCCAGGGUUUGAUCCUGUUAGCAGCACAUAUCAUCUAUUCUACCAAUGGAAUCCUAGAGGCUGCGAGUGGGGCAACAUGUCAUGGGGGCAUGCCACAAGCAAAGACCUUGUAACAUGGAAGCACAGCUCGAACACUUCACCGGCUCUCUCUCCAGAUAAGGUUUAUGAUAAAGAAGGAGUUUUCACGGGGUGCUUUAUGCCAUCAGGACCUCAUGGAGAAGAUGGAAUGAUCACAUUAUUCUAUACGUCAGUCUGCCAUCUCCCGAUCCACUGGUCAAUUCCCUAUGUCCGGGGAAGCGAAGGCCUUGCAGCUGCAGUAUCAAAAGAUGGAGGGGCUACGUGGGACAAGUUUGAAGGAAAUCCUAUCCUGCCCGAGGAGCCGGAAUCUUUAACCGUCACUGGCUGGAGAGACCCUUAUCUUUCUCGGUGGGAGUCCCUCGACCGGUUUCGAGGGACUAAAGGCACCCUGUAUGGUAUUAUUUCUGGCGGCAUAAAGGACAAGGGGCCUGCCAUAUUUCUCUAUGCCAUACAGCCGGAUAAGCUAUUCAGCUGGGACUACAUCGGUAUCCUAACGAGCUCUACUCCUAAUUUCCGCCGUUCGCCCAAGUGGAGCGCAGAUCUUGGCGUGAACUGGGAGUGCGGCAACUUCAUGACUCUAUGGGAUAAACUAGCUGAAUCAAGCAGGGAAUUUGUCAUAUGUGGCUCAGAAGGGGGCCAUGAAAGGCCAUGGCUUAUGGAAAAUCCAGACUCCGUCCAGGAUUCAGUUCCGAGAAGAACGGUCAGCUAUUCAUUCUGGCUCAGUGGCUCUCUGAUCAAAGGCGAAGACGGUGUCUCAAUGAAUAUCGAUUUCGACGGAUUUCUAGACCAUGGAUGCUACUAUGCUGCGGGAUCGUUCUAUGACCCCAUUGGAAGCCGCCGGAUCGUGUGGGGGUGGAUUAAAGAAGAAGAUCUCGCAACCAGAUAUAUCAAGGACAAGGGUUGGGCAGGAUGUCUUGCACUACCCCGUGAGUUGUUCUUGCAGAGAAUACCAGGAGUAGUCAAGGCGCUUAAAACUCCACUAAGCGAGAUUACUUCUGUGUAUGCGCUUAAAGAAACUCAGUCAUCGAGGUACGUGAUCGAGACAUUGGGUAUCCGUCCCUUGACAGAGCUCUCGCAACUCAGAAAAGGCGACUCUGCCGUAGUCGAGAGUCUCACUUUACCAUUGGAUACAGCACAAGCGUAUCUUGCACCGGUCAAGUCCGCUCGGUGGGAGUUGGAAACGGCAAUCGAGAUACGAGAAGGGUGUACGGCAGUUGGCUUCCACGUUCGCCAUACAACUGACAUGAAAACGUUUACAACAAUCAGCUUCCUGCCCCAAGAAGAGGAAAUUACUGUCAUACGAUCAAAUUCAAGUACGCUCUCGGAUGUGAACAGGAGUGACGAACGAGGUGCAAUGACACUUUUUACCCGGCAACAAGGAAACCAGCUCGUGCUUGAGCCACUCACGUUGCGAAUUUUCUCCGAUGGGAACACCCUCGAGAUAUACGCAAAUGAGCGAUUUGCUCUGUCGACUGUCAUUUACACAAGCGACCCUGCUGCUCUUUGUCUAAGCAUGUUUGCCCAGGGUGUAGAUGGCGCGGCCACGUUCAAGAGGACAGAGAUUUGGACGGGACUGGGAACCGUCUACGAAGAUUAA